UAGUCACGUGGAGAGCGUAGAGCGAGUCCACCUCGGUUCUGUCCAAACAGAACGUGAGCUGCUAGCUGUCUGACUGUUGGAGCGCCGCUCGGUGCUAAACCGAUUCAUGUUGUUUUUUUAGCCUCCCGUCCCUUUAAACUAGACUAUUUUAUCGAAGAAUGAGUGAUAACGAUGACAUCGAAGUCGAUAGUGACGAAGAAUCACCGAGAUAUCACUCUGUGGCAGACAAACGGGCACACCACAAUGCGCUGGAGCGCAAGCGUAGGGACCACAUCAAAGACAGCUUUCACAGCCUCCGGGACUCGGUGCCCGCCCUGCAGGGAGAAAAGCAGUCUACCAAACAGGCGUCUCGAGCUCAAAUCCUAGACAAAGCCACAGAGUACAUCCAGUACAUGAGGCGAAAAAAUCACACGCACCAGCAGGACAUCGACGACCUGAAGAGGCAGAACGCGCUGCUGGAGCAGCAAGUCCGUGCUCUGGAGAAGGUGAAGGGCUCCACCCAGCUCCAGGCCAGCUACUCGUCAUCUGACAGCAGCCUGUACACCAACCCCAAAGGCAGCGCUGUGUCAGCGUUUGACGGGGGCUCUGACUCCAGCUCCGAGUCAGAGGCCGAGGAGACGCCCAACAGGAAGAAGCUGCGCGUGGAGGCCAGCUAGAAAGCCGAGCAGCUAAAACCUGGCCAAGGCCGAGGUGGCGGAGCACAAGGGAGGGUGAGAGGAAACGCAGCCUACAAAGCUCUCGAGGCUCGUCGAACCCUCCCCCCUCAUGCCAACAGCAGCCACCACCCUCGGCCUCCCUCACCGUCGUCCUCGUUCUCUCUCCUCCAUCUCUGGGUGGGCUCGCACUGGAGACUCAUGACCCCUCAAAUCUCCUCACACCGCCAUCACAGUCCUCUCUCUUUCCACCCGAUCUCUGCGAACAGGAGGGAGAAAGUCAGCAGAGUGGAAGACGACUGCUUCAGUACAUCUAGAGAGCUUCAGGUUUUUUCCUCCUCCCAUCCCUCUCUCUCUUUUCUCUGGUUCUGCGUCAUUGGUAUUUUCCCCCCCAGCAACGUCAGCAGUCCAAAACCCAAAAAGAGGCAGCUUGGCUACUUAAGGACUUGAUGCUUUUUUUGUACCCUCAACAAAGCCCCUCCUCCUGCCCUUGGUUGUUGUGGGGGGUGGGGUGGGGAGGGUGCGCCAGGCGUACUCCUCCAAGCACUGCGAUAUUAUAUAUUUUUUGUUUUGUUUUUUUCUUUUUCUUUUUCUUUUUUUUUUUUUUUUUUUUGUUUGUUAUUCUUGAUAAAAACCUGUUCAGAAUUUACACACACACCUAGAUAAAUGGUCCUGGAGAAGAAGUUUACCUUUUUAAAAUUAAAAAAAAAAAAAACAAAAACAAAAAAACAUUUGUAGCUUACUUUUUCCACUAAAGAAUGUGAAGACGCUUUGAAGCAAAUGUUAAA